CCCCCUUCCCCUCCAUCCUCUCUCCUCCGGAGCUCGGAGGCGCACAAAGACGCGCUGCAGCACCGCGUCCGUGUGUAUGUGUGUGUGUGUGUGUGUGUGUUUUUCUCCCACCCUCUCUCUCCGGUGUUUUAUUUCCGCGCUUCCAGAAGAAAACACCGGUCUCGUUUGGGCUUAGUUACAACAUUCGUUUUUAAUCAAAGUAAUUAAACAGAACAAAAAAAAUCUUCUCUUUGUCUCCUCCAACCCCCUGCCCCCUGACUCCCGCCUCCUCUCAUGCCGCCGCUACGGCUCCGGAGAAGGGGCGACUUGUGACGGACCGGCUUCUCCAUGAACAUGGCGCGCAUCGGGGACGCGGACCCCUUCACCGCCGCGAUACCUGCCACCAAAGUUGAGCUGACUGUGUCCUGCAGGAACCUGCUGGAUAGAGACACGUUCUCCAAGUCUGAUCCAAUUUGUGUUCUGUACACUCAAGGGAUCGCCAACAGAGAAUGGAGGGAGUUUGGCAGGACAGAAGUCAUAGACAACACCCUCAAUCCUGACUUUGUCCGCAAAUUCAUUGUGGACUACUUCUUCGAGGAGAGGCAGAAUCUUCGCUUUGACCUGUACGACUUGGACUGCAAGAGCGACAACCUCUCUAAACACGACUUCCUGGGCCAGGCUUUCUGUACAUUGGGUGAAAUAGUCGGCUCCCUGGGAAGUCGCCUGGAAAAACCACUGAUUGGAAUUCCAGGAAAGAAAUGUGGCACCAUCAUCAUUAGAGCAGAGGAGCUGAGCAACUGCAGGGAGUCAGUGAUGCUUCAGUUUUGUGGCAACAAGUUGGAUAAGAAGGACUUCUUCGGCAAAUCGGAUCCUUUCCUCGUGUUUUACCGCAGCAACGAAGACGGGUCCUACACCAUCUGCCACAAAACAGAAGUGGUGAAGAAUACCCUGGACCCGGUGUGGCAGGCUUUUAAAAUUCCCGUCAGGGCGCUGUGCAACGGAGACUAUGACAGGAGCAUUAAGGUGGAGGUUUAUGACUGGGACAGAGACGGAGGACAUGACUUCAUCGGCGAGUUCAGCACCAGCUACAGAGAAAUGUGCAGAAGCCAGUCACAGUUCCAUGUCUAUGAGGUGCUAAAUCCAAAAAAGAAAGGGAAGAAGAAGAAGAAGUACCAAAACUCAGGAACGGUGACCCUCCUGUCCUGUCUGGUGGACACUGAGCUGUCCUUCCUGGACUACAUCAGAGGCGGGACACAGAUUAAUUUCACGGUGGCAAUUGAUUUCACGGCAUCAAACGGCAACCCAUCCCAGCCCACCUCGCUCCAUUACAUGAGCCCGUACCAGCUGAAUGACUACGCCAUGGCCCUGCGCGCCAUCGGGGAGAUCAUCCAGGACUACGACAGCGACAAGUUGUUUCCUGCGCUGGGAUUCGGUGCCAAGCUCCCACCAGACGGGCGUGUCUCCCAUGAGUUUCCCCUGAACGGUAACCCUCAGAACCCGUACUGCAGCGGUAUAGACGGCGUGAUGGAGGCCUACUACCAGAGCCUGAAGAGUGUGCGCCUGUACGGACCCACCCACUUCUCCCCUGUUAUCAACCAUGUGGCCAGGUAUGCAUCGGCGGUGACGGACGGAUCGCAGUACUUCAUCCUGCUCAUCAUUUCGGAUGGCGUGAUCACUGACAUGGCGCAGACCAAGGAGUCCAUUGUAAAUGCCGCGUCUCUGCCAAUGUCGAUUAUAAUAGUUGGAGUUGGACCGGCAGAAUUUGAUGAAAUGAUUGAGCUGGAUGGGGACGAAGAGAGGAUCUCAUCCCAGGGACGAUAUGCAGAAAGGGACAUCGUUCAGUUUGUUCCUUUCAGAGACUACAUUGACCGGCGAGGUAACCACAUCCUAAGCAUGGCUCGUCUGGCUAAAGAAGUGCUCGCCGAAAUCCCCGACCAGUUUCUCUCCUACAUGAGGACCCGAGGGAUCAAACCUGGCCCCCAGCCUCCACCUUACACCCCGUGUCCGCCCCCGGCCAUCCACCCUCUCCACACCAGACGGGAAUGUUUGGCUGCAGCGCGUAGCCCUGACUUGGGGAUGCUUCCAUGAUUUCAGUGACGGGACUUUGCGCUCGGGUAAUUUUGAAGGUCGUGGUGGUUGGAAAUCUUUCCAACCGGCGGAAAUCCAACGAAGAGGAGAAGGAACAGGACGUCCAGAAAAGGUUCGGAAUAGUGAGACUCUGUCGCAAACACUGUCCGUUCCUCUUUGUUCUUCUGCAUCCACUUCCUGAACCUUUCACGAAAUCUCUUGAUACUUCAAUGUUUACAUGUGGAAAGCAGAGAGGGUUUUUCUUUCAGGUGAUAAACGAUUUAUACCGUUCAAUGUGAA